ACGAGUGGAGAGGACGUACCCGUGAAAUAGCAGAGAUAAUCAGAGGAUGGAAAAAGAGGAGCAAAGUUUUCGUGAAAGUGGAGAAAAUGAACAAGAAACUGGGAAAGAAAGCGGCAGUAAUGCAUUGACGCCUGGUUCGGUUACAUGCACGUGCGACAAAAAUAUGGACCAGGGUACGAAAGCUGGGGCAACCACCGAUGCGAAAGACGCAGCCUGUGCAAGUCCUCAUUCCAACCAAACCGCGAGCGAAGACGACGAUUCUUCCACCGAUAGAUGUCUCCUGUUCCUUUUGCAGCAACAUCAGGACUUCCUGAAUUUGAUGAUUCAGCAGCAUGAGCAGUUACAACAUAUUGAAGAACAGUUGUGUUGGGUGUUUCCAAACGCGGACUGACAAAACAACAAGGAGGUUGGGAGGGAUGAGAAAGCAAGGAGCAACAAUAAAUGCAAAAUGUAUUUAAGCACCCAUACCUUGUCAAAGGUCCUUCUUAUGCAGAAUUGCAGGGUACAAAUAUAUAAUCAAAUGGAUUGGAUCACCUCUACAUGUAUAUCUUAUGAUAAAUUGUAAUUUUACAAAUGGACCAUCCUUAACUGUCGUCCGGUUUGACAACGCAACGAGAAACGCUACAAAGAAAAAAAAAAUAAACGAAAAAACAUAUAGCGUACGUAAUCCUACAUGCAUACUCGUGCCACUCUUGAAUGUAAAUAUUGUUGAUUUUUGUUUUUAGUGUAGGCACUCUAUAAAAAGACAUGAUUUAA